GAGCUCAGAGUGACGUCAGUGAUGUAAACAAACAGAGGCAGCGCGGCCAUUACAGUCAGUGUUGACGCGCUGUGUUGAUUGUGGGAUAAAUUCGCUAAAUUCAGCAAACAUGACGAUCAGUAACCAGGUGAUCCUGAGCAGCGACGUGGACUCUGACGCCGACCCGUUCGCCGAGUACAUGUGGAUGGAGAACGAGGAGGAGUUUGACAGACAGGUGGAGGAGGAGCUGUGGGAGGAGGAGUUUAUCGAACACUGUUUCCAGGAGAUGUUGGAGGAGGAGGAGCAGUGGGAGUGGUUUAUCCCGUCCAGGGACCUCCCCCUGCAGGGGCAGGUGGCUCAGCUGGACUCUGACGUGGUGGUGAACAGCAGCCUCAAUCCCAACGCCAAGGAGUUCACCCCGGGCAUCAAGAAACAUGUCAUGUGACCUGUCAUGCCCCACCCCCCCCAACCCGUACUGUGACAUCAUCUACAAGAUGUCUGCCGUAUUCUCCUCGUCUGAUUAGCCUGAUGUGUCGCCACAGUCUGAGCUUUGCACGUGAUCGACUUUAGAGUGAUGUCACUGUUACUGAGCACCUGUGUGUGUGUGUGUGCGUGUGUGUGCGUGUGUGUGUGUGUGUGCGUGCGCUCUGAUGUUUCAUCUUUUAUUUUGCACUUUGGUAGAAACAGUCUUUUAUUCUCUCAGCACUUUUUAACUUGUUUAGAUCCACGUCUGAGGUUUUUCUGCCCCUUCUGGUCUCUGCUGGACCCUGCAGGUCUCUGGUAGACCCUGCAGGUCUGUGUUGGACCCUGUCUGGUCCUCAGAUCAGUUUUAUGGUUCUCUGUGGCCUCAUUCACUGAUGUUUAUGUUUUGUACAAAAA